CACAGGUAUGGGCGAUGCGCGACGGGUGCUCGUGCGUUCGUUUUGCGCGAGAAAUAAUAUCAACGUAGGCCUCGAUACGUUAAAUGACAAUCCGGUGCAUACGGUGACCACGAAACUGAUAUGUAAAUUCGUGCAGCCAACGUCGUCUGGGUUCGAGGCUCGCGUAUAAAAACGUUCAUAUAUCGCGGAUUACCGGCAGUCAUUGCGACACGGUCUCUCUAUCGUGAUAUGCGGGGCGCCGCGUCGCGCGCGUCGUCGUCGUCGUCGCCGCCGUCGCCGUCGUCGCCGUCGUGAAACAGCGAUUGGGUAUCGUGCUGCUGGUACGCUCGUCGGUGCGCCGCUCGAGGAUGCCGGUGAGGGUCGACGUGGUACCGCCGCCGCCCGCGAACUCCAAACAGCCGGGUGUCACCAAGUCUCUGCUCUACAACGGCUCGCGCUUUCAGGGCUCGCAGAAGUCCAAGGGCAACAGUUACGAUGUGGAGGUGGUUUUACAGCAUGUAGACGAAGAAAACAGUUACCUAUGCGGAUAUCUAAAAAUCAAAGGUUUGACGGAAGAAUUCCCGACGUUAACAACAUUCUUCGACGGUGAAAUUAUCUCCAAAAAGUAUCCGUUCUUGACCCGCAAGUGGGAUGCAGAUGAGGAUGUUGACAAGAAACAUUGGAGUAAAUUUGAAUCGUUCUGUCAAUACGCCAAAACAUUCAACUCUGACACGUUCGAUUACGAGGCAUUGAAGGGGACAGAUUUCGUAUUUAUGAGGUGGAAGGAACAUUUUUUAGUUCCUGAUCACACGAUCAAAGAUAUCAAUGGUGCCUCCUUUGCAGGAUUCUACUAUAUUUGCUUCCAGAAAUCUGCCGCCACGAUAGAAGGCUUUUAUUAUCAUCGUAGUUCUGAAUGGUAUCAGUCUCUGAAUCUAAGACAUGUUCCAGAACACAGUAUACAGAUUUAUGAGUUCAGGUGAAGUCGAUACUUUUGCUGAGAAAUCUUACGAUAUUCACAUCUUUUCUCUUUUAGCAUACAGAUCUCAUAAAAAAGUCACCCUAUAAAUUUCAUUAGAUAUUUCAUGAUAAAUGUGUUUAUUAAUUGUGACACUCCUCGCGGUACUGAAACAUUUACGGCAAGAUAAAAUGAAAACUUGUUAAUAUUCUUUUAAUUGACUAUAGAAUUGGACUAUAUAUGUCAUGAGGAAAAAUUAUGAGGAUUGGAGUGCCUAUAUUUCGUGAAUGAUGUGAAUUGAUUAUCUUAUUGAUUGAUUGUAAAAUUUUCUCGAAAUAAAUUAUGUGGUGAUUAUCAUUUUAAAUUAUUGGUGUUGAUUAUUCGGCAAUGCAAUAUAAAAAUUUUAGAAUAUUUGUUUAUGUUCAUUUUAUAAUGUGAAUACAUCAAACAUUCAAUAUUUUAAGUUACUGAAUUUUGAUCGUUUACUAAAACAUUGUGUAACGAAUAUGUGUGCAUGACGGCAUAACGUCAAAAUAAAUCGUUUUUAAGAAUUCAGUGAAAGCAAUAAAAAUAAUUAUGCCAUUUAUGAGUAAGAUUCUUUUUAUUCCAUGUUAGAAUAUUUUUAUGAGAUCUGUCUGCUAUAUAAUGAAAGAUCGGGUGUUUUAUUGUUGUUUGAAUGAAGCUGUAUGUAUGUCGUAAAAAAAAAAGAUGGAAAUGAGAUAAUCGCGAAAACUAUUUAAAGAAAGGAUCAAGCCUCUCGAGAUAUCGAGAGUUGAUCAAUAUAUUUUACGUUGGAGACAUUUAUUUAUUUAUUUUAUGCAGUCAAUCUCUUUGUCAGACUCUAAUGUUUUAUACAUAUAAAAUAUACGUAUACCUGAUUUUAACAAUAGAUACUAGACACAUGUUGGCUGUUCAUAAGACUUGUCUUCAUGUUUUAAUUGAGCAUUGAUGAAAUAUAUCAAUUCUCAUAGGGAAAUAGUACACUGUUGUGAUAAGCAUUAUCGUAAUGUAAGCAUAUGAUGUAUAUAAGUUUAUGAGCUGUAAUGACUAAUGUAUAGCUUAUCCGAGAUUUGUAUUGGCAUACUACAGCUUUCAUUUGCAUGUCGUGUUUACGAGACCGGUCUUAAUCAUCAGUGAUGUUGAUGUUUUAGACUAUAUUCUGUUCUAUAUUAUUUUCGAUAUUAUGUUUAUCAGCGUUGUUGACUAAUAAUUUUGUUUUUUUUUUCUUUUAUAUUUGUACUAAUAAUCUGUCUAAAUACUCAAAAAAAAACUAAUAGAGCGAUAUGCUUUUUACGAAGAAGCGCAUACCGAAUCUAAUUCGUGUAGCAAACAGUCACUUUGGAUAUCGGAAAACGUAGUGCAUAUAUGUAAGAUAUAUAUAUAUAUAUUUAAUAUAAUAUCAGACACCCUUAAGGGAGUACACUGACAUUGUUAAUUAUGUUAAGUCGAUCUUUACAAAAUAAUCUAUUGUUAUCAUGUCCUUUGUAAGCUAAUAUUGUUGUGUAUCGCGCGCGUCUUUCUUUAAGGAGAGUAUCUUUAUAUUAACAGUUAUUGAUAUCGUUCAUAAAACUGUGCAAAAUUUCACAUAUCGAUUGAUGAGUUGCAUUCUUUCAAUACAACGUCACAAUUUACUUUGCAAGCUGCGGAAUUCCGUUAACUUCGAAUCGAAUUUAGCUCGAGAUCUCGCUUUAACAAUAUACAACGGGAAGUAUAACAUUUAUUUUAUAACAAUCGGCGCAUUUCCUCCGUACUUGUUUACAAAGGGAUUGUUUGUUUUAUAUUACACGCAUAUGUCCAUAAAUAUUUGAUUUAUUUUUGCUAUACAACCGUACGUGCUUUAAACUGGAACACAGAAAAUAUAGUACUUAUAAUCGAAUAUAAAUCCGAGUCAGGUCACGAUUUAUUACACUACGAUUAGAACCACUGUAGUUCCAGUGGAAAUAUAUCGAUCAGUGAAAGUUGCAGUACUCAGAUUAUAAGAAAGUAAUAUUAUAAUACGUUGCCAAAAAAUAUGGAGAAUAUUUCGCCAACUUCAUUAAAUUCAAUAAAAAAAAAAAAAUUGAUUAAACUAACUAACUGUAACUAAUGGUUAGAAUUAGAAAUGCGUUUUACCAUAUGUAGCAAGAAGCGUAUAGAACAGGCUCUCUAUUUUCUAUCUUACAACAAAAUGUUUUACUAUUAAAUUAGAAGCAAAUUUUCUGGCAAACGGGACGGCAUUUUUCAUUCCUCCCUUUGUUUUUUGAAUGUUUUCACAUGGCCCCCUUAAAUAGAUCUCCUCCGUAUACGAAAAACUUUUACUCUCUUUUGUAACAAAAAAUAUAUAUAUAUAUGUGAAGCAAUUAUCGGAA